UGAAUGCCUUAGGGAAAGAAAACGAAAAAAUCACGGAAGAGCUUGAGACAACUUGCAGAGAAAAUAAGUUAUUGCUAAAAGAGAUUGACAGCUUAAGAGAUCAGCUUAACAAGAAUCGACCCUCGGGCGAGCAUUCUAUAAUGAGUGGAGAAAAUCACCCGACUAUAGAGAGCUUAAAGAUUCGUAACUUCAAUCUUCAACUUGAAAUCAACGGUCUUCACAAACGAAUCGGAAACAGUCACGAGGAAGACUGGGAGCUAGUCAAUUUGCGUGAACGUGUCAUGAAGUUGACAAAGGAAAACCAGAGACUUGAGUUCAUGAUGCAAACAAUGACUGAACGAUUCAGCAAUCAGAAUGAUUUUGGCAAACUGGAAUUAAAAGAAAAUGAAACACAGGUGAAUAUACUUGAGGAUAACGCUCAAGUCUUCACCAAUCCAAAUGCUUCCUCUAACUCUGACGAUGCCAAGGAGUUCGUAAAAGUAAAGGCCGUGACUAGCAUAGGACAGGAGGAGUUACGGGAAAAGUUAUUGAAGUCAAAAUUGGAGUCAGAUAAGACUUUAAAACAUCUCAUUGAAAUAAAGGAGACUCUCAAAACCUCUGAAUAUGACCAAAGAAAAUUUCAUAAAUUGGACCGUAUGGUUGACUCUGCCAUUGACAGUGCUCAUAUCGUGAAUACAAACACGGGACUGAUUUUGAAUACAUCAAAGGAAGAUAUAGAAGCACUGGAACGUGAUAUUGACGCCAUAAAGACGAGCAAUGAUACCUUGGAACACGAAUGCUUGGCCCUCGUGAAUGAUCGCAGUACUCUCGAGUCACUUUUGACAGACUUGCGAGGUAAUAUUGCCGGAUUAGUAGAGAAAGUCGAGAAAAAAAGCUCGCCAAAAAACAGAGCUUUUCUAAAAGCAUCACAACAGAUACUAAAGCAGAGGAAAGCCUUGAGAAAUACACAACAAGAGUAUAUCGCACUAACUGGACUACACAACCUUCAUUUCUUACUCAAUUCAACCCCUACAGGAGUGAAAGAAUACGAAAUAUUAACAUCAACACAGACGUCAUUGAGUUCGACUCCAAAACGUCUCAGACCGAUAUAAGUUUUCUCUCUGAGAGCUCAAACGGAUCGGAAGAGAGUGAUGAACGUGAAGAAAAGCACGAAGACAGUAUGAUAUUGCCCUGGGUUUCACAGAAGUUAGCCAAAAAGUAUUCUUUGAUCAAACAAUUUGUCAAACACCUUGAAGGUGAGAUCACGAAUUUUAAGAUAAGAACAAGAGCGCUCGAAACUGAACUUAAAGAGCGACAGCAUUUGAAAGAGCAAAAUAUACUUUUGGAAGAUGAAGUAAAGGAGCUUCAUGGUUUGAAGAUUUACCUGGAGUCACUGCUUGCGGAGGGUAUCCUGAACACAGAUGAAUCCAAUAGCUUGGAACAUGGGGAUUGUAAUCUUCGAAAGUGGAAGCACUUUGAAAAUGGUUCAUGCUCUGAUCUUUCAGACUCACCAACUCUUUCUAAAAGCACUUUGAAUUUAUCUUCUACCUCAGCAUACUCGGCUAAAUAUCAAAGUAUGUCUCGAUCCAUGAUGGACCUCACUAGAUCAAGUAUGUACUCAAGUCUCGGCUCUUUGCCAUCGUCACACAGCAGUUUCGGAUCUCUAAAAAUGUUGAAGCUAGAAAUCGAAGGUAAACCAAGUCGAAUACGUGACAAGCUAAAAAAUGCUUCACUUUUGCUUCAGCACACUGGCUCAAUUGAAUCUCAGCUCAAAGCGUCCAGGCAAAAGUGUUUCCGACUAGAAGGAGAGCUCUGUAAACUUGUUAAGGAAAAGAAAGAAAUGGUGGAAGAGUUGGAUGAGGCCAGGUCGAGACUAAGAGCCAAGGAAUGCUUUCAGAAUAUUGAUGCUGUCAAGAAAGAUGGUAAUGAUGAAAAAAAUUCGUUAGCUAAGACAGAAGAUUGCUCUUUUAGAAUUCACCAUGGUAAAGACGAAAAUAACAGGCUUAAAAUGAACUUAGUUUGGCGAAAGAACAACUCGUGAAGUUGAAAGCUCAAUUGGAGAUUGCAAAUACUUCGCAUAAACAUCCUGAUCAUUCUAUUCAUGGCGAAGAUGACAAAAGGCAAGAAAGAGAACUAGUUCUAACACGCGAGCGAUGUCUGAUCCUUGCCGAGGAAUUGGGUGCAAGCAAUAAGGAAAAGAUCAAGUUAGGAUGUGAUCUUCAAGAGGCUUUGAAUAAUAUAGACUUGCUCGCCAGUGAGGUAAGACGACUUCAAAAUACCGAUGAAGAACGUUCAAAACUGGAGGAACGAGUGGAUGAGUUGAAGAUUACAUCCCGAAAAACUAACGACGAAAGGCUUGUUGAUGACACAAAAUUGGUCGAGUUAAAAUCAGAAGUUGCCUUACUUCUUGAAGAAAAAGCGACUCUCGAGGAAUCUGUUUCAGACUUAAAAUGGGAGAAAGAGCGCCUAAACGAGAUGGAUGAUAUCAUCAAGAGAUUGGUCCAGGUGGAGAAAGAUAAACAAGAUUAUGGAAAGAAUACAGAGGGCUUCGAGAACAAGAAAGAGUUGAUGCAACUGCGCCAAGAGAACGAGUUACUACGUGGAAACUUAGGAAUGUCAGUAAAACGUUGCCAAAGAAAGAUGGUAAAAUACUUCAAGGACACAGGUAUUUGAUACUGAAAUAGAUGAAAACUCCAUUUGUGGCGACAAAGAAGUUGAUACUGACUCAGAACGAAGAUGGUAUGAACCGUCAAAAAUGCGCAGUCGAGUAUCUAUUCAGAGAAAACGUUAAAGACUGAAUAUUAAAGAUACAAGAUAGGGUACACUUGCCAUCAUUAGUAAUCAAGCACAAUAAAUUUCAGGCAUAAGUUUAUGAAAGACGUGUUAGUUAUACAGCAAAACAAAAUGACAAUUCAAGUCAUUAUUAGAUAAUACAAGGUCAGCCUGGCAUUGGUGCAAUUAUUGUCAUUUAGAUACAAUUAUUGUCAUAUAGGUACGAUUUUACAAGUAUCAAGGUAGACUUUAUUCAUCAUUGCCAUACUAAGGAGAUUUAUGUUACAGGAAAGUUUAUCUCCUAUAAUAGCAAGUGAACAGGUAAUUUUUUUUGUGAUGGCACUUUCAUCUUUUGUUCAGGAGUUCCUUAUGCUUUCAUUUCAUAAUUAAUACUUAUAUUGCUCUAUCUAAAUUGAUAUUGAGCACUUUGUUAUUUUGUAUAAAUUUGAUUGGAUAUUAUAUUUAUAAUUUCUUCUCUCACAAA